UGAAAAAAAUAGUCGUAAAUGAUGCUUUUGUACAAUGAUGACAAAAUCUAGUGAUGGAGGUUGUUAUAAUAGUUAUAGUCGGAUGUUUCAAUUAUGGUUCAUAAUAGUUAUUUUCUAGGUAGUUAGUUAAUAUUGUCUAUUAUAUAAAAUAGAGGAGUAUUACCUCCCAAGAGGUUUGAGAAAAUGGGGGGUUUGCAUCUUUAAAAAAUUAUACCGACCAUGAAAUUAAUUAAUGUUCAAGUUCUAUUGAUUUAUGUGAUAGCCAUUGUGCUGCUGCUGAGUAUUGAUGUUAAGCCAUUCGUUAAUGGUCUCACUCCUAUAGUUAAGACCAGUAGUUUGUCAUUGUCUGAAGAAAUAAAUAACUAUCCUUCAAAUGAAUAUUUGUUGAAAAGAGCCGAUGAUGAUGAUGAUGAUGAUGAUGAAUACUGUACUGAAGAAGAAACUGAUGACGAUGAGUACUGUACGGAAGAAGGGAGCGAUGACGAGGAUGAUUGUCCAGACUCUGACACUUCCAGUACUCCAACUACAGCACCAUCCACUUCCGAAACACCAUCCACUUCCGAAACACCAUCUACUUCUGAACUUCCAUCCACUUCUGACGUUCCAUCUACUUCUGAAGCAUCUAGCAGUGACAUUCCAACUAGUUCUGUAUUACCAAGUUCCGAAGCUUCUUCUGAUAUUCCUUCCAGUUCAGAUUUACCUAGUUCACAAUCAACGAGCUCAGAAAUCCCAUCUAGCUCAGAAAUCCCAUCUAGCUCAGAAAUCCCAUCUAGUUCUGAUACUUCUUCUUCUUUAGAUAUUCCUUUUGAAAUCAUAACCCCUCCAUAUACACCAUCCAGUUCUGAUAUUCCUACUAGUUCAGAAAUUCCCUCCACUUCAGACAGUCCAUCAAGCUCCGAUACUCCAUCAAGCUCCGAUACUCCAUCAAGCUCCGAUUCUCCAUCAAGCUCCGAUUCUCCAUCAAGUUCCGAUAUCCCAUCAAGUUCUGAUAUUCCUACUAGUUCUGACACUCCAUCAAGUUCUGAUGCUUUUUCCACUUCAGACACUCCAUCAAGUUCUGAUAUUCCUUCUACUUCAGGCAUUGCUUCCAGUUCUGAUAUCUCAUCAAGUUCCGAUAUCCCAUCAAGUUCUGAUAUCCCAUCAAGUUCUGAUAUUCCUACUAGUUCAGAAAUUCCCUCCACCUCAGACAUUCCUUCUACUUCAGACAGUCCAUCAAGCUCCGAUACUCCAUCAAGUUCUGAUAUUCCUUCUAGUUUUGAUACUCCAUCAAGUUCUGACACUCCAUCAAGUUCUGACACUCCAUCAAGUUCUGAUAUUCCUAGCAGCUCAGACACUCCAUCAAGUUCUGAUAUUCCUUCUACUUCAGGCAUUGCUUCCAGUUCUGAUAUCUCAUCAAGUUCCGAUAUCCCAUCAAGUUCUGAUAUCCCAUCAAGUUCUGAUAUUCCUACUAGUUCAGAAAUUCCCUCCACCUCAGACAUUCCUUCUACUUCAGACAGUCCAUCAAGUUCUGACACUCCAUCAAGUUCUGACACUCCAUCAAGUUCUGACACUCCAUCAAGUUCUGACACUCCAUCAAGUUCUGACACUCCAUCAAGUUCUGACACUCCAUCAAGUUCUGAUAUUCCUAGCAGCUCAGACACUCCAUCAAGUUCUGAUAUUCCUUCUACUUCAGGCAUUGCUUCCAGUUCUGAUAUCUCAUCAAGUUCCGAUAUCCCAUCAAGUUCUGAUAUCCCAUCAAGUUCUGAUAUUCCUACUAGUUCAGAAAUUCCCUCCACCUCAGACAUUCCUUCUACUUCAGACAGUCCAUCAAGUUCUGACACUCCAUCAAGUUCUGACACUCCAUCAAGUUCUGACACUCCAUCAAGUUCUGAUACUCCAUCAAGUUCUGAUAUUCCUUCUAGUUCCGAUACACCAUCAAGUUCCGAUACCCCAUCAAGUUCCGAUACCCCAUCAAGUUCGGAUAUUCCUUCUAGUUCUGAUGUUCCUACUACUACAGACUCUCCAUCCAGUUCUGACUCUCCAUCCAGUUCUGACUCUCCAUCCAGUUCAGAAAUACAAUCUAGCUCUGAAACUCCAUCAACUGAUUCACCAAGUUCUGAUACUAGUAGUACUGAUGUUCCAAGUUCUGAUGCUCCAUCCACAUCUACUAUUCCAACCAGUACCUCAAGUGACUAUUCUGAAGAAAGCUCGGUUUAUCCUUCAAGUGAAAUAUCUUUUUCAUAUUCAUCUUCUCAGGUCUCUUCAUUAAUUGAACUGUCUAGUUCUGAUUCAUCCAUUACUACUUCUACUACUUCUUCCAUUUCAUCUGAUGCUCCAAUUUUGGAAUCUUCAACUACUGUUGAUGCAGUUGCUACCACUCCUACCAGCUCGUCAACCAUAUCAGAUGUGCCUCAAACUAGUGACUCUGUUGUAGAAGAGGAUGACGAAGAAGACGAAGAAGAUUCAUGCCCUGAUGACGAUGAUUAUUCUUCAAGUGAUGCUCCUUCUAGCUACUAUGCUACACCCAUAACCACUUCAGCAACUACCACUAGUGUUUCAUCAUCAAUUGUAUACAGUAGUGAUUCUUCUUCAACUAGUGACAGUCCAAACUCCAGUUACCUUUCUUCAUCUAGUUCAAGUUACACAUCAACAACUCCUUCUGAAAUUGACGAUGAAGAUUCAUGCUCAGAAUAUGAAUCAUCUACUUAUCCUCCAGAAGACUCUUCAAGUAUAACAUUGACCUUGACAGAAUCCACCACCAAUAUUUUUGUUUCGUAUGACUCCCUGGUUGGACCAACUACAGUUACCGAAAUUGAUGUUGUAACCAAGACAAUUGUUACUUGUCCAGAAGAAGCAAAAUCUACAUCUACAUGCAGUGAUAUUGGUUCCACUACUAUUGUUGUAUCAUCUACCAAUACUAUUGUUACAUAUGAUUCUCUUUCCUCACCAACUACUGUUACUCAAGUUGAUCUAGUCACUAGCACUAUACUUACAUGUCCACAAGAUUUAUCUACUUCAAGUACUGAAGAAUCACGUCCAUCAAUUACAAUUACACUUACAGAAUCAACUACAAAUACUUUUGUCUCUUAUGAUUCAUUGUCUUCCCCAACUACAGUUACAGAAGAGGAUAUUAUAACAAGAACUAUUGUAACUUGUCCUGAAUCCGUUCAUAGUACAGAGAGUCCUAUAGAUCACUCAACAGUGGUUUCAAUCAAAUCGGAAGAUAAUAUUUCUAUAGAAGUUCCCACUACUACAUCAAUUCCAGAACAAACCAAAACAUUAACAAAUGAAUUCAUUUACACAACAAGUACUGUUUCUCAGGAUUCAGAUUCUGGACAAUUAGUUACAUAUUCAGUAAUUAACACAAGAACUGAGAUCGUUUAUCAAUGUCCAUCAUCAACAUUCUCAUCUACAUCAUAUAAUUCUAUUGCUGAAGAAUUUACUUAUUUGUCUGAUUCAACAACUAGAACAUUUACAACUAUUGGAACUUCUACGGUUACUUCUGUAGGAGAAAAUCAGGAAACUUUUAAGGAAACUUUCGUAGUAACAAACACAGUAUAUGAGUGUCCAGAUACUACAUUUACUUUACAAGGUUCUACAUUAGAAUCUAUUUCAACAUCUGCAUAUUCUUAUACCACAUUAAUAACUCCAUAUGAAACCCUGUCAGUUUCUACAACAAGUACAUUUACUUAUCCUGAAAGUGUACAGGCAUUUGAAGGUGGUGCCAAUAUUAAUAUAUCCUAUAAUAGGUAUAUGACAAUUAUUGGAGCUUUCAGUGCAUUUCUUUUUAUUCUCUGAGUUUAGAUUAUUUUAGAAUUUGUUUCUUCUAUUAAAAAUUUGUAUUAUUCCGAAACUUUGUA